UGUGAAUUGUCUCAUAGAAAAGGAAGUGAUUAUUUGUUUGUAUUUUUUUUUAAAAUGGAACAAAAAAACUGUGUAUUAAAUAUGGAUAUUUUAAGAAAACGUCAGAGGUUUUCGGAUCACGACGAUUUAACUCUGUUAAGGGAAGUUCUGGGAAAUAAUCCGUUUGUUGAUCCGAAUGCCUGGAACGUAAUUCAGGAGAAUUUGUGUAGUGUUACUGGAAAGCAGUUUAGUACCAGAACACUAAAAGAUCAUCUCGACAGACUAAUAAGAUCAUGGCUUCAGGAAUACAAAAUUUUACGUAACAAAUCUGGCAUAGAAGUCACGGAAACAGAAAAAGACCUUCUGUGCCAUAACAUAUACCUUCUUAUGAAUGAAUCGAAAGCCCAAAAACCAAAAAGAAAUAAAACUUCGAAUUUGGUAAAACAAAAAGGUGUGGAGGCACGAACUAAAUGGGCAUUGCUGCAAAGUACAAAUUCCGACAAUGGCGAAACUAGCAUAGGUCAUGCAAUUAACCAUGAUAAUGCUGAUGUAAUAGAAGUUAUAGAAGAGGGUGAAGCCGAGAUGCAGACCUCUCAUAUCGAAUAUAUCGAUAUAGAUGCAAGCUUCCCAAAUAUUGCAAAUGAUAAGGCCCAAAUGCAUCAAAGUAAUGAAACCCCAAAGAUGAAGAGGGAUAUGGACGAAUUGCCUGGUCCUGGUCCAUCACAAGGGUUUAGAAUAGCAGGGCCCGUAAAAUCAAAGUCGAGAAAAAUUAAUAGCCAGAGGCAGGGAUUAAAAUAUUUAGAAAAAUAUGACAAAGAACAAUUGGAAAUCAAAAAAGGUGAAAUGGAUCUAGAGAAGAGAAGAUUAUCUUUGGAGGAAAGAAAAUGUGCAUUAGCUGAGAGACAAUGUGCUCUAAAAGAGUAUGAAACCAAAAAAAAAUUGGUUCUAAUGCGAUUUGGAAUGCGUAAAUACCGAGCUAGUAGCGGAAUAUCUCUUUUUUUGAAUCGAAAAUUUUGUUCUGCAUCUUUCUCGUCAACUGUUUCUAACACAAAAUGGGGUCUUGGUGCAACUCCAACAGGUAUUAUCGGAUCAAAAAUGUCAUGAAGAAUUAUCCCUCUUAUUAAAUUGUGAUCUAUUGGAUCACCGUGUCUUCUUCGUUGUAAGACAUUUUCAAUAUUUUGUUCCAUUAUUGUGACAAAUCGCAAAUAAUUAAACAAAUAAGUACACUGACACAAAACACAAAACUGCUGCUUUAUAGGUUACGUUUGUCAAAUGUCAAUUAACGUUAAUUUGUAUUUUGUGGGUAGUUUCUGAAAGGAUUCAAAAACUGUUUUUGAAGUAAAGGAAGUGAAAACGUUAUCCCUUAUUUAUAACUCAUUGCGCAUGACAAGUAUAACGUUUUACGUUUAACGUACGUCAAAAAGUAGAGGGUCUAAAAUCUCUCUAUUAGCAUAGAUGAAAUAACUUAUUGACACCCUAUACUAUUACUCUAUUUUCUAUUAGGUAAGUAUCCAUACAUUUUAAAUUUUAUUUAAAGAUGUUGCAAAAUGGUAAAAACAGUAAAUUGUUAUUUUGAUUUAAAAAUUUUUCAUUAAUAAUUUGAUAGUUAUA